AUGUUGCUGUCACACACAGGCGAUCUCAAAAUCAAGAACGACUGCACCUUUGCUGGGCUACAGCAAGCCGCGGUGGUGGCCAAAGAAGCCGUAGUGAAGAUGAUACCUGAGGGAUACGUUGACCCCGAAGUAAGAUGUAGAUACGCAGCGGCACUGUUGCGUAAGGCGGCUUCCAACCCUCACACGUCAGCGUUACAGCUAUUGCUAGAACACGCCCACCUCGCUAAGGCUAGUGAUAAAUGUACAGGCAUACAGAAUGUGUUGUGGGCAGCUGCCUCGGUUAACAACGAAGCCGCGACACGGCUGCUAUUAGAUGCUGGCGCAGAUCCCAAUCACCAAGCUGACAAACGUAAGGAUCCUGUUAUGCAUUGUUCAAUUAGAAAUCGUAGGCGGCGGUUCGGAAGCCUCGGAGUCGUGGAGAUGCUCAAGAUUCGCGAAGCCACCGUACAAACGCGUCUGGAACAUGGCGAUAGUACCGAAGUUCCAAGGAAUACAACCCUCUAUCAUCAUAGGGGGUGUACCCUCUUGAUUGUAACGGCCUGCGAAGACUCCUGCCGGCGCAUCUUGCAACUCCUGUUGGACAAUGGGCCGAACAGGGAAGCGAAUGACACAGAAGGAAAGACAGCGUUAUAUUACGCUGCCGGAUUUGGCGCAAUCGCUCACGUACGACUGCUACUGGAGAGGGGAGCCUACCCAACGUCUGUCAAUCUUGCAACUAUCGAACUAAGGCGCGAAGUAGAUCAGGAUGACUAUGAUGAAGGCAUCCGCCUCAUACGAGACGCACGGCUAGAAAAGAAAGCCGAGAGCUACACGGAAUCAGAGAUGGAAAACCAGGUUAUGGAGGGUCAGACAGAAAGUACUGAAGUGGUCUACUCGCAGACCACCACUAAUCUAGCUCAGGAAAUGAUGACUUCACUCUUUCUCUGA